CUGUACUUUGGUGCUCCCAGAAAAGGAAAUGGGCAUAGACUUUGUACUUUCGGGUAUUUUGUGUUUUUGUGUUAUCUUAAUCGCAGGUUGUCUGUUUUUCUGACAAUGAUGAGCUGAGCUUUACAAAAGAAGAAGAACAUGGGAGCUCACUCUGUUUUUCUCAUCCUUUUUUGCGUCAUUGCCACUGCCAUUGUAGUUCAUGGCCAAGGCCAAGCAGGUUUCAUCAGCAUAGAUUGUGGGUCACCCCCUAAUAUAAACUAUGUAGACACUGAUACUGGUAUCAGUUACACCUGGGAUGCACCUUUUAUAAACGCUGGAGUUAAUGUGAACGUCUCUGAAGAAUAUGGUUACCCGAAAAACCCGGUUUUGCCUUUCCCACUUGCUGAUGUCAGAUCUUUUCCUCAAGGAAACAGGAAUUGUUACACCUUAACCCCCUCCGAUGGAAAAGGGAAUCUUUAUCUCAUCAGAGCUUCGUUUAUGUAUGGAAACUACGAUGGUAAAAAAGCUUUGCCUGAGUUUGAUCUCUACGUAAACGUGAAUUUCUGGACCUCAGUGAAAUUCGGAAAUGCUUCUGAGAACGUCAUCAAGGAGAUCCUCAGCUUUGCAGAGUCAGAUACAAUAUAUGUUUGCCUUGUGAACACAGGUAAAGGAACUCCUUUUAUUUCAGCUUUGGAGCUCCGGCCAAUGAACAGCUCAAUCUAUGGUACUGAGUUUGGAAGAAAUGUCUCAUUGGUACUCUAUCAAAGAUGGGAUACAGGAUAUUUGAAUGGAACAGGACGGUACCAAAAGGAUACAUAUGAUCGUAUUUGGUCUCCGUACUCUCCAGUCUCUUGGAAUUCAACUAUGACUACUGGGUAUAUCGAUAUUUUUCAGUCUGGUUAUAGACCACCAGAUGAAGUUAUUAAGACAGCUGCUUUGCCUAAAAGUGAUGAUGAACCAUUGGAAUUGUCCUGGACAUCAGGCGAUCCAGAUACCCGGUUCUAUGCGUACCUCUAUUUUGCAGAACUCGAAAAUCUCAAGAGGAAUGAGAGCAGAAAAAUCAAGAUCUUCUGGAAUGGGUCGCCUGUUUCAGGAGCUUUCAAUCCAUCUUCUGAGUAUUCGAUGACAGUGUCUAAUUCGCGAGCUUUCACUGGUAAAGAUCACUGGAUUUCUGUUCAGAAGACCGCAGAUUCAACACGUCCACCAAUACUCAAUGCUAUUGAGAUAUUUACAGCUCAAUCUCUGGAUGAAUUUUCCACCACAAUUGACGACGUUCAAGCCAUAGAAAGCAUAAAAGCAACGUAUAACGUGAAUAAGAUUUGGACUGGUGAUCCUUGCUCUCCCAGACUCUUCCCUUGGGAAGGUAUUGGAUGCAGCUACAACACUUCUAAUUAUCAAAUCAAGUCCUUGAAUCUUAGUUCAAGUGGAUUACAUGGACCAAUAGCCUUCUCAUUUAGAAAUCUCUCCCUUCUUGAGUCAUUGGAUUUAUCAAACAACAACCUCAGAGGAAAUGUACCGGAGUUUUUGGCUGAUCUAAAAUAUCUGAAGUUCCUGAAUUUGAAAGGAAAUAACUUGACUGGGUUUAUCCCAAGAUCUCUUAGGAAAAGAUCAACGGCUAAUGGACUUGCACUCAGUGUCGAUGAACAAAACAUUUGUCACUCACGUUCAUGUCGGGACGGGAACAGAAUCAUGGUGCCAAUAGUUGUAUCCACAUUAGUGAUUAUUCUCAUUGCCGCCUUGGCUAUCGUAUGCAUCAUGCGAAGGGAAAACAAAAUAAGAGCGUAUUCAGGACCACUUCUGCCUUCGGGAAAGAGAAGGUUCACAUAUAGUGAAGUCUCUAGCAUUACAAACAACUUCAAUAAAGUGAUCGGUAAAGGAGGGUUUGGUAUUGUGUACCUCGGUUCCCUUGAAGAUGGAACUGAAAUUGCUGUAAAGAUGAUCAACGAUUCUUCAUUUGGAAAAUCUAAAGGAUCAUCGUCAUCAUCAUCAUCCCAUGUUUCCAAAGAAUUCCAAGUCGAGGCGGAGCUUCUUUUGACAGUGCAUCACCGGAACUUAGCUUCAUUUGUUGGAUACUGCGAUGAUGGUCGUAGUAUGGCUCUCAUCUACGAGUACAUGGCAAAUGGCAACUUGCAAGAUUAUCUUUCAAGUGAGAAUGCAGAGGAUCUUAGCUGGGAAAAGAGAGUCCAUAUAGCCAUAGACUCUGCACAAGGGUUGGAGUAUCUUCAUCAUGGAUGCAGGCCACCAAUAGUACACAGAGACGUUAAAACAGCAAACAUUUUAUUAAACGAUAACUUGGAAGCCAAGAUCGCUGAUUUCGGGCUUUCUAAGGUCUUCCCCGAGGAUGAUCUCAGCCACGUCAUGACUGCUGUCAUGGGCACUCCUGGCUAUGUCGAUCCUGAGUACUACAACACGUUUAAGCUAAACGAGAAGAGCGACGUGUACAGCUUUGGGAUCGUACUCCUUGAACUCAUAACCGGAAGGAACUCAAUCAUGAAAACUGACGAUGGAGAAAAAAUGAGCGUUGUCCACUACGUGGAGCCUUUCCUCAAAAUCGGAGACAUAGAUGGCGUCGUGGAUUCACGGCUUCACGGCGACUUCUCCUCAAACUCGGCUUGGAAAUUUGUAGAAGUGGCAAUGUCUUGCGUUAGAGACAGAGGAACCAACAGACCAACAACGAACCAGAUCGUGUCUGAUCUGAAACAGUGCUUAGCCGCCGAGCUGGCUCGUGAACCAGGGAGCCAUCAUGAGAAGAAAGAAGUAGUGAAAGAGAAGUACACGAAGACGAAGUCGACGAUUCAGAAUUAUAGUAGCAAUGAAUAUAAUAGCUCGUCUGGAUCGGUUUCGCUUACUUUCGGAGAUUACUCCCCGUUUGGUCCAACGGCAAGGUAGUGUGAGAAAUAACUCAAAGGUUUGAUUCAUCAUCUUUUUUCGUCGCUAAAAAAUUAUUUUCAUUCAUCAUUUAUGUUUCUCUUUUUGCUUUUGUGUUUACUUUGAAGAUCAUAUAUUGAUUUAAUUUGGUUCUUUUGGUUUGAAAUAUUCAUUUGUUUUUGUUUUCUUUUUAAGAAAAUUUGUUAUCACGAAAACAUUAAAAUUGUAAGAAAAGGAAAAAAAAAACAGUUUGUAUAUGUUUU